UUAUCACCGACUUGCUCAUCUUUUUACAUGCUAAUUAGUGCACCAUCUGACUUGUUGAACAACAAUUCCGAUUUAACCUGACCCAAAAAUCUUUGCACCUUGCAGAAUGUUUUGCCUCUAUAAUCGUGAAUGAUCUCUCUAUAUAAUAAGAAGAUCAGCUUAGCUUGUUAUUCCUUCUGUGGCCUUUGUUAAUCAUCUAGAAACAGAAAAUGGUUAGCUCAAUUUUUUCUUCUCUAAUUGGAAUUCUCAUUCUCUCCAUUCCUUGUUACUCUGAGAAAGCCCCAUAUUCCACAUUCGCCAUGGAUGCUAAAUCAGCUCCAGAGGUGGUUUUUGUCGAUUACAUCGUAAUAGGAGGAGGAACUUCAGGCUGUGCAUUAGCAGCAACUCUCUCACAAGGUUCCACUGUUCUAUUAUUAGAAAGAGGUGGCUUGCCAUAUGGAAACCCCAACAUCACAAACAUUACCGGUUUUGCCAAAAAUUUAGCUGACACUUCUCCUUCGUCGCCCGCACAACUCUUCAUCUCCACGGACGGAGUAUUCAACCACCGUGCCCGCGUCUUAGGCGGUGGCUCAGCCAUUAAUGCCGGGUUUUUUUCUCGAGCCAGCACGGGGUACGUUAAGAGAAUGGGAUGGAAUCAAAAGGUAGUAAACGAAUCGUAUGAUUGGGUGGAAAAGAAAGUGGCGUUUAGGCCUCAGAUAAAACAGUGGCAAUCGGCAGUGAGAAGUGGUUUGGUGGAAGUUGGAGUGAAACCGUAUAAUGGUUUUACGUAUGAACAUUUAUUUGGGACUAAAGUUGGUGGAAGCAUUUUUGAUCCACAAGGUCAUAGACAUACUGCUGCUGAUUUGUUGGAGUAUGCUAAUCCUGCCAAAAUUAGUGUUUAUUUGUAUGCCACCGUGGAACAGAUCAUGUUCAAAACAGGAGGAGGAAAGAAGCCGAGAGCUUAUGGAGUUCGUUUUCAAGAUUCAGAAGGUAAUACCCACUUAGCCUACUUGAAUGAAGGACCCAUGAAUGAAGUCCUCUUAUCAGCUGGUGCAUUAGGAAGCCCACAAAUGUUAAUGUUAAGUGGUAUUGGGCCAGCAGAACAAUUGAAAGCCCAUGGUAUUUAUGUGUUAGUGGAUCAGCCCAUGGUUGGUAUGGGUAUGUCUGAUAACCCAAUGAAUGCUAUUUUUGUUCCUUCUCCUAAACCUGUUGAAGUUUCUCUCAUUCAAGUGGUUGGUAUUACUGGCUUCAAAAGUUACAUUGAAGCUGCUAGUGGGCCUUUGCAGUUGGAUUGGAUGCGCAGUAUGGCCCGUGAUUUUUCAAGGAUAGCUAAUAAGACAAUGGACCCAUUCAAGGUACCUUCAGCCAAAGCCAUACCUGGUUUCAACCCACACUUUCUACACUCCCCAAUGCAAGCUGGUCUAAUCCUAGAAAAAGUUGCUGGACCAUACUCAACAGGUUUUCUUGAACUUAAAAGCAAAAACCCAAAUGAAAAUCCAAUAGUAACUUUCAAUUACUUCAAAGAUCCAAGAGACCUACAAAGAUGUGUGCAAGGCAUGAGAACAAUAGCAGAGGUCAUAGAAUCAAUGUCUUUCUCUAAUUUCAGAUACCCUUUUACUACUGCACAAGCAUUAAUGGAUACAAUGUUAACUUUUCCAUUAAAUUUGAGGCCUAGACAUUUGAGUUCCUCUUUUUCUUUAGAACAAUUCUGUAUUGACACAGUAAUGACCAUAUGGCAUUAUCACGGAGGUUGUCAAGUUGGGAAAGUGGUUGAUAAAGAUUAUAGAGUUCUUGGUGUUGAUGGAUUGAGAGUUAUUGAUGGAUCAACGUUUAUUUAUUCACCUGGCACUAAUCCUCAAGCCACUGUCAUGAUGCUUGGAAGGUACAUGGGGCAGAAGAUAUUGAGUGACCGGCUUGCUGGUUGAAGGAACUAGAAGAUGUUUAUAAUACUAACUUGUUUUGGGGAAGAAAAUGUUGGAUUAUCAAUUUUUGUGUGUCUUUUUUCUUGACCUGGAUGUUGCUUCCAAACGCACACGCAAUUAUACGUGAUCGCCAAGUAAUAAAGUGAUAAAAUAGUAUGUUGAUCUCA